GAAAAAUAUCAAAAUCCGAAUCAUCCAUCAUCAUCUUCUUCUACCCUGAAUCAAAAACCCUAGCUCUUCUUCCUUCUUUCGAGUGAGUGCGAUUACAAUGCAUGGCCACGACGAAGAUGUCUACUUCUCCUCAUCUUCCAUCAGAAUCAAUCCCUCUCCUCACGAUAACUCUCUCCUCUCCAAUCUCCAAUCCUGCUCCAAAACCUUAUCCUCUCACCUCUCCAACACUCGUCUCUCGCUCACUCGAAUGCUCGACUCGCUCAAGAACCGCCACGCCUCUCCACGGUUAACCCAGACCCGACCCGUUCGUCGUCACAAUUCACCGACUCAGAUGCUCAAUUCAGUCACACAGCUCAUGAUUGGCAGCAAGUCUCCGCUACUCUCACUCUCCCUUAUACAAUCAACCCAAUCGAUUUGGUCGGACCCAGGAGCUGAGAGACUAAGCUCGCCGCUGCUUUGCUGCGCAUCUCUGUCUCUAAACAGGCCUAGCGAAUCGUCGACUCAGUCGGUGGAAGGGAAGGAUGUGGUGCAGCAACAGCAGCAGGUUCAGAAGGGUCACUCAUCGGCGAGUCGGAACGCGGAGGAGCGAGUUCUGAUAAGCGAGGUGUUGGUGAGAACCAAGGAUGGAGAGGAGCUCGAGAGGAAGGACUUGGAAGUGGAGGCGUUGGCUGCUUUGAAGGCUUGCCGAGCCAAUUCAGCGCUGACUGUUCGAGAGGUGCAGGAGGAUGUGCAUAGGAUUAUAGAGAGUGGGUACUUUUGCUCUUGUACUCCUGUUGCUGUUGAUACACGCGACGGGAUACGUUUGAUGUUUCAGGUAGAACCAAACCAAGAGUUUCGUGGGUUAGUCUGUGAAAACGCAAAUGUUCUUCCUUCGAAGUUCAUACAGGAAGCUUUCCAAGAUGGAUUUGGGAAAGUGAUUAAUAUCAAGAGACUGGAGGAAGCUAUCACAUCCAUCAAUGGGUGGUACAUGGAGCGUGGUCUUUUCGGAAUUGUUUCUGAUGUUGAUACACUUUCCGGAGGUAUAGUAAGGCUUCAAGUUGCUGAAGCAGAGGUUAACAACAUAUCUAUCCGAUUCCUUGAUCGUAAGACUGGCGAACCAACUAAAGGGAAGACAAGGGUUGAGACAAUACUUCGACAGCUUACAACAAAGAAGGGACAGGUCUACAGCAUGCUUCAAGGGAAGAGGGAUGUUGACACUGUGUUAGCCAUGGGAAUCAUGGAAGAUGUUAGUAUUAUUCCUCAACCUGCAGGUGAUAGUGGGAAGGUUGAUUUGAUCAUGAACUGUGUCGAGCGUCCUAGUGGUGGCUUCUCUGCUGGAGGUGGAAUAUCUAGUGGAAUCACGAGUGGCCCCCUAUCAGGACUAAUUGGAAGCUUCGCUUAUUCCCACCGUAAUAUAUUUGGAAGAAACCAGAAGCUUAACGUUUCCCUAGAGAGGGGUCAAAUUGACUCUAUCUUUCGUAUAAACUACACUGAUCCAUGGAUUGAAGGAGAUGACAAGAGGACAUCCAGAUCUAUUAUGGUUCAGAAUUCGAGAACUCCAGGGAAUCUCGUUCACGGCAAUCAACCAGACAAUGGUAGUCUGACAAUUGGUCGGGUUACAGCAGGUAUUGAGUACAGUCGGCCAUUCAGGCCAAAGUGGAGUGGUACUGCUGGACUUAUAUUUCAGCAUGCUGGUGCUCGUGAUGAACAAGGGAACCCUAUCAUUAAGGACUUCUACAGUAGUCCUCUAACCGCAAGUGGUAAGACCCAUGACGAGACCUUGCUAGCUAAAUUCGAAAGCAUUUAUACUGGCUCAGGUGAACAUGGAUCAACAAUGUUUGCGUUUAACAUGGAACAAGGGCUUCCUGUUUUGCCCGAAUGGUUAUUUUUCAAUCGAGUGAAUGCUCGUACCAGGAAAGGCAUACACAUUGGACCAGCUAGUUUUCUAUUUAGUCUGUCAGGCGGACAUGUGGUGGGAAACUUCUCACCUCAUGAAGCAUUCGCCAUCGGUGGAACAAACAGCGUAAGAGGUUACGAAGAGGGCGCUGUAGGCUCUGGUCGAUCAUAUGUAGUGGGUUCAGGGGAGGUCUCUUUCCCAAUGAGAGGACCGGUCGAGGGCGUCCUUUUUACAGAUUAUGGUACUGAUCUGGGAUCAGGAAACACUGUCCCAGGUGAUCCUGCGGGGGCUAGGCUGAAGCCUGGAAGUGGUUACGGAUAUGGUUUUGGGGUGCGUGUUGAUUCUCCGUUGGGGCCUCUACGCCUUGAGUAUGCCUUCAACGAUAAGCACAAUGGAAGGUUUCACUUUGGUGUUGGCCAACGGACCUAAACUUACCAGUCUCAUCUGUUUUUUAUUGGUCCUUGAUUCUAAAAAUGUUUUCUUGGUCUUUGUCGUACAUUCAUCUAUAUGACUUUUGUUAAUUAUCUCAUCUAUUUAGUUAACUCACUGUCCUGUGUAAUGUUAGAAAACUCCGAGAUUCAUUUGAAAAGCUAAGAUAUUUAUAUGAAAGUUUUCUGCUAUGACAGUACA